CUUCUUCUCAACCAAAACCUUUUCAUUUUCAAAUUUCUCCAUUGAUUUUUUUUUUCAUGCUCAAUCAAUCCAUUAUUUCAUUCCGUCCAAAUCGGGUGUAUUCCGCCGCCGCAAAAUGGACCACAAGGGAUCAUCAUCCAUAGAGAGUGAAGGCGGCGGCGGCGCCGCCGCCGCCGGCAGUGUCCAUAUCCAGAUUUCCAAGCUCAAAUCCAAGUUCAGCGACGACGGCGGUGAAACCACCAGCCCCACCAUCUUCGAGCCCCAAAACGGCAGCAUCGGAACCAAAACCAGCAGCACCGCCGCCGCCAACGAGCUCCCGCCCACAACCCGGCCGUCAAUCAGAGCGCCGGAGAAAAAGCUCACACUCUUCGCCCUCCGCCUCGCCGUCCUGGAGAAAACCGCCUCCGGCCUCGGAACCCUAGGUUUCAUCUGGGCGACCGUCGUCCUCCUCGGCGGCUUCGCCAUCACCCUCGACAAAACCGACUUCUGGUACAUCACCGUCAUCCUCCUAAUCGAGGGCACCCGAAUCUUCAGCCGCAGCCGCGAGCUCGAGUGGCAGCACCAGGCCACGUGGACAAUCACCGACGUCGGAAUCUCCAGCUUCCGCGCCAUCAAAUCCAGCUCCAAUUCCUUCAUCAGAACAAUCAAAUCCGCCUGCAGCCCGGUCCUCCCCUCCCGAACCGGCACCCAAUUACAGAGACGAGAACUCUCCGGCGAAAAAACCCGACCCGACCGGAAAAUCUGGACCGGUCAAAAAUUGCCCACCCGGACAUGGACCAGCUCCGAAGUCCCCCUUCUCCCCUACGCCAAAUGGGUAUUCCUAUCGAAAAACGUGAGCCGGGUUUUGUACUGGCUCCAAAUCGCUUCCGCCGUAGCCUGCGUAACUCUCUCGACGAUGAAGCUCGUCCACCGCAACUACGGAGAAGUCGAAAAAGACCAGAGCGAUAAACGAAACAGAAAAGCCGCCUUAAUUAUCUUCUACUCACUCGCGUUAUCCGAAGCUCUGCUUUUCCUCUUGGAGAAAGCCUAUUGGGAAUACAAAGUCAGCUUCACCCGUUUGCUCGAUUCCGUUAACAAAGACUGCGAAUUGGGCGAUUCGGGGUUGGUCUCGAUUCGCAGAUUCUUCUACGACGCUUACUCGCGGUGCAUUAAUGGCAGCAUAUUCGAUGGCUUGAAAAUGGACAUGGUUUCUUUUGCAAUGGAGCUUUUAGCCUCGAGUUCGCCCGACGAACAGCUGAUCGGAGCGCGAAUCUUGAGAAAAUUCUCCGUGAACCCCCGUUUUUCCGAAGAUACCCUUCAGAAAAUCGGGAUCAGUUUACCAGUAAUGGAAAGGCUGGUCGAAAUGCUGAACUGGAAAGACAUUGAUGAAGAGGAGAUUCGAUAUUCGGCAGCUGAAAUUAUAUCGAAAUUAUCCGGUAGAAAACAGAACUCCUUGAGAAUUGCCGGCAUUGCGGGGUCCAUGGAGUCGAUUUCGUCUUUGCUCCACGUCAGCAGGAGCCAUAGCUGCGCGUGUGACGAAAUUUCCGAGAAGAGAAUUAUAGUCGAUACCGAGAAUUACGGUUCUUGGUCGUUCAAUCAUCUAGGGCUGCAAAUCUUGAAAAAACUCGCACGCGAUCACGAUAUAUGUGGCAAAAUCGGAAAUACGAAGGGGCUAUUGCCCAAAAUUGUCGAUUUUACCCUCGCGGAGGAGCGGCUUUUGAAGCAUCCGACGGUUACGCCUUCUCAAAUCGUGACAGUUAAACGGUCGCUACAAGUGUUGAAGAUGCUAGCCAGCACUGCAGGAACUGCAGGAAAGCAACUGCGGAAGGAAAUAUCGGAGAUUGUUUUCACUAUUAGUUAUAUACGCGAUAUUUUACGACACGGUGGAAAUCAACCGGAGCUGCAAAUAUUGGGAAUCGAGAUAUUGACGAGUUUGGCUAUCGAAGAGGACGCCACCGAGAGGAUUGGUGGGACCGGGGGAGUGCUUAGGGUUUUGUUUGAUAUUUUCUUUAAUGAUGAGAUACCGGAGAGUUAUUGCCACGUCAGAUCGUGCGCCGGAGAAGCGAUCGCCAUGCUGGCGCUCGAGAGCAAGAACACUUGUCAGAGGAUUCUUAAGCUGAGGAUAAACGAGGAUCUCGUUAGGGCUUUGGAGAAUCCAUUGCUUCGUGUUAACGCAGCGCGGAUUUUGAGGAAUUUGUGUGCUUAUAGUGGGAGUGAUGGAUUUCAGAAGUUGAAGGGGUUAACUGCUGCAGCUCCUAUUAUUCUCGAAGCUAUAAUGAAAGAGGAGAACAAAUUGCAGGAAGUGAUGCUUGGUGCAGGAGCAUGCAUAUUCAAAUUCAUGAAUUCUCAAGACUCGAGAAUAAUGUACGAGCGGUGUGGAAUUAGGGAAUUCGAUUUGGCUCAUCGGAUUUUUAUGGUAUUGAAGAAAUAUCGGCACCCUUCGAUAAAAGUUCCGAGCAUAAGAAGGUGUGCUAUAGAGAUGGCUAUUUGGAUGAUGAGAGAUAAUAAUACGAAUAUACGAAGUUUCGAGAGUUUGGGAAUUAUGGAGGAGCUCGAUUCUGUUAUGGAGACAACUUCGGAGCUCGAGAAUUUUAAUAUAUUCUCGGGAACCGUUGGAUUGUGUCGGUACAAAAUGGCUAUGGAUUCUCUUGUUGGAAUAGCAAUUCAGUUGCUGGAAGAAGUGAAAAAUUGAAGUGGUGCAGAGAGUUAUGAAGAUAUGUUUGUAUAAUUUAUUUAUUUUUAUUUAUUUUAUUUUUAUAUAAUUUUCUUGGAAAUGAAUAAGCAAGAAAAAAUUGAGUAUUCUUUGAUUUUUAUUCUUUGUAUUUGCAACAUU